AUGUCCAUCGUCCUGAGCAAGGAAUUCGUGUACCCGGUCGCCGCCGUGGUCUCUACCUUCUACCUCAUCGCCUGGCAGACCGUGAAGGUGUCGGGAGCUCGUAAGCGUGCCCAAGUACCAUACCCUUAUCUCUAUGCCGAGAAGGCCGAUGCAUCCGCCAGGAAGGAAGCUAUGGUGUUUAACUGCACUCAGCGUGCGCACCAAAACACGCUCGAGGUGUACCCUGUCAUUGUCGCAGCCACCCUGAUCGGUGGCUUGCAAUACCCCGUGGUCUCUGCCGGGUUGUGUGGCGCUUGGGUUAUGAACCGCAUUCUCUACACCGUUGGUUACAGCACCGGUGAUCCGGCCAAGCGUAUAAGCCGCAUUGGCAGUCUCUUCGGGCUGGCGGGUCUAGGUGGCUCUCUCGUCACCGCGACGGUCAGUGUCGCGACCCUGCUCAAGCAGGUUCUGUAA